CGUCCAGUGUGCAUCAUUUGUUCAGCGAUCUCGUCCCGUUCUCAGUGUUGGAGUGGAGUCCGCACAGUAGUUAGUCUCUCGCUGCGUUUGGUGCCUGCCUUUUCCAUUCGGUCAGCCCCAUCCAUUCGCCUCGAGCGAGUGUUUUUCUUUCGUUUCGCGGUGGAAAAUCCCAUUUCCAAGCUAGUUUCGCUGUGUCUUGCUACCCGUUUCCAAUUAAUUUGGGGUCAAUUUUUUUUUUUUGCGUGUAUAAGUGUGUUUUUUGGUGUCUACUACAACUUCCGAACGGCAAAAUUUUGUUUCUGUUGCGGCCCACUACGAGCCAACGAUCAACAUAAUCUGCAAUCAUAAUCAUGAAUGAGCAGCACGAUCCUAUCGGACUGUUGUCCAUGAUCUUUGGCACGGAGAGACUCGAAGAUUUAGUGGCCAUAUCUAUGAUGCUACUCGGCGUAGCAAGCAUCUUCAUCUUAGCCUUAAUCAAUCUCUCGCGCUUCACACCCAGCUACAGCAAGCUGUGUGCGCUCGUGCACGUUCUGCUGGCAGGAUUCGGGAUAAUGAUGCUAUCCUUUGGCCGGGUGCUGUAUAUGUUCGUGUACUGCGACACAAUGUCAAUCGCCCGCUUCCUCAUCUACGGCUUGGAACUGCUGACAAUCAUAAUCCUCGGCUUCCAGUGCGUGCUGGACAGGUGCAAGCGGUUGCAGUACAAGGUGCGCGUCGAGGGCCGGGUUACCCGGGUCCGCGCCGACCUAACGAAGGACCACCCGCUCACCAGAGGCGGCACGUUCACGCGCAGCUGCCAAUCGUCGCGCAGCGCCCUAAUCCCAGCCGAAUGUGACCGUCCGGUGGCAGCGGUACGCCGAUCCGGCCGUCUGCCCAUCACCACCGCCACCACGCUCAGAAUGCCUGGCCUAGCCGACGGUGGCACCGAGCCGGGCAUGGCAAAACCGUACGCAACGUCACCAGCCGUCCCACCAGCAGUAGCAGGACCAUCGAAACCGCGCCCACCAUCAUCGAUCAGGGAAGCAACCGAGCUGGGGCCGAAACCGAAACGGCCAAUAGUUUUUCCGCGUACGUCGUUUCUCGAUACAGACUCCUCCACAGAAGAGAGUGGUACGGUGGUGCAGACAACGGUUAGCGUGCAUCCGGUACCCCCUCCUGCCGCCAGGGAAGUGCCCUUCCUUCCCUCAACCGACGGGGAGUUUGUAUCGUACAAGACAAGCGACGGAUACGUUAUCAUGAAGUCUAUAAAAAAAUGAUCAUCUGAAAAUGCUUCACCGACGUUGGGCCGGGUGGCAAAUGGCGCGCAGCAAGGAGAUGCCAGCUAACAGCCAAAAUGAGCGCUUUUUUGGCGUUUUGAAAUUUGGAAGCACAGACAGUUUGUAAGAGAACCAUUUAUUUUAAUGUUGUAAACGCAAGUGGCGGCAUCUUUUUAGGCGACUGAGCAAGUGAGCUGAGCAAGUGAGCUGGCCAAAAAUUUUAUGAAUUAUACACACGAAACAAUUAUAUUCAAUAUUCUAUUAUAUAUAUAUACGAACAUACACGAAGUUCGAAUGUACGAACUAUUCAUUAUUAUAAUGCUUUUAACUUUUACUUUGGGUUUAAUUUGGUGAAUUUAUAAUCUUUUAUCACCCUUACGCGUUUAUGCGAAAAAGUAUGCUUUGGGCGUUGGAUCUAGUUUAGCAACACAAGAACGAUAAAUCUUCAAUAAUUCACGAUUGGGAGAAUGGUAAAUUUAGGAACUUUGGAACACACUAAAAGAAUAAAAAGCCAUUGAACAUUCAACAAUCGGGAAAUCCCGAAGGCAAGAUACUACUGGUCGUAUGCGCAUCUUUUAUGUAGAACACCAGUUCCAGACUCAGUUUUGCAUGUAUCCUGUCCCCGAUAUAUCUGCGUAGAUGUUAGAAGAUCAGAAGUCGACAGCAUAGAUUGCUUUGCAGGAUUUUUUUUAUUCAUUUCAUUUGACUUAUUUGCCAUAUAGUGUAAGAACAUUUUGUUUAGACCUAAUGGUCAACACAAAUUUAAAUACAGGGUUUGCAUAGCCAAUUCGCGAUUGUAAACUAGUUACAGGUUUUUAUUAUGUUUCAAUUUCACGUCUUUGCAGAUGUAAGGGUUCAACGCAAAGGAACCUGUGCCCAUUUGAGGGAGUUCGACGCCAAAGUAAACAUCAACUAUUUUACAACAACGUAUUGGCCAUGAAAACCCUUUAAAUAAUAAGACCAAUAAUAAUGAUAUAUUAAUCAGAAUUCAGAAUUGUUUUUCCCUUCAGAGUUUAAGGCAACAACUUUUUUUAGUAGACACAUAGCUUAGAGCUUUAUGCUAAUCUUAACAACAUUUCGGUACUGUCAGGUAGGCAGCCCAUGCACCCUGGAUGGAGAUAUUCUUGUAGGGUCUGUUGAUAUCACGAUCUUCAACAUGCCACAGAAAUCGAUGGAAGAGAGUACAAUCUAAGACUUCAGGUUUUCGCAGAUUGCCACCGGUGAGAUCGGUUCGAAUUGGCAAGCUGCUUGACCAGGAAGGCCAGCUCCACCAAGCCUCUCAAAACACGUGAGGUGAGAGUUUAGGAGUGUAGGAGUAGAUUGACUGGCAGGGAGAAGCCCAUCCCAGCCCAUUUCACAACAUUGGGCGACACACUUCGAUCCGAGUGUCAACAACAGUGCCGAUAAGAUAGAUCCUUCCAGAAUGUACGUAGCGAUAGUGACGGCACACACGUGCAUUACUGCCCAAUUCUGUCCGACACUAAAAUAUGAUUAGAUCGAAACCGAAAACCAACAACGGCAGUCAAACAGAACGGUAGAUAGCCUCCGAGAGAGAGUGUGUAUGUGCGCGUGUGUGAGAUAUAGAGCGCUUGCGAGAGCGAUGAUGCCACCGUGCCGAGCUGUUCGGGUCUUCACGGACGACCAAAACAAAACAAGAUAACGCGCGAACGGUUGGGAUCGCUGUACGGAAAUGUGGAGCAAUAUGGGCAUGGCAAGCAUGUUAGCCAGUACAUCUUAUUACUAAUCAUUACAAUAUUUAAAUUUUUUAUGCUUUCAAUGUGUGUCUAUUAAUCAAAAUAAAUAAAAAAUAAAUAA